AUGGAUGACAACCAGGAUUAUGACAAUGUCGAACAUGGGGACGGUGAACAAUUGAACGACAACGUGGUCGAAGAUGUUAACGAUGUUGCUGAGCCGUCUCAUUUAUCCCGUUUACAACAAUUUACUAAUAUGCUUGAGUUUCAACGACAACAAUUUAUGCAUGCGUACACAGCGUUUCAAUCUAAUACGCCUAUGAGAAGGAUCCCGUAUCGGCAAACGACGUACACCGGAGCGGACUGGAUUAAUGAACUCCUAUCGGGGCACGAUCGAAGAUUCUACGAUGCAAUGGGUAUGAACAAGAAAGUAUUCAAAUUUCUUUGCCAAGAAAUAAAACAGACGGGUUGCCAUGGCGAUGAAAGACAACAAAAGGUCCGCAUUCAAGACAGUGUUGCAGUGUGCUUGCAUACGAUAAAAGGUCACCAAAGGCAUCGACGUGCUGCCGAGUCAUUUAAUCGAUCCACCGAGACAAUUAGUAACCAUGUACAUAUCAUGGUCACUGCCCUAUGCAAAUUGGCUCCCAAGAUUGCAUCGGCGCCAUCGACGGAACCAUCAUACCAGCUUGGAUACCUGAUGAAGAUCAUGGAAAAUACAGAUGUCGCAAAGGAUUGCAUCGGUGCCAUCGACGAAACCAUCAUACCAGCUUGGAUACCUGAAGAAGAUCAUGGAAAAUAUAGAUGUCGCAAAGGUUACUUGUCCCAGAACGUUAUGGUCGCGUGCGACUUUGAAUGCAAGUUUACUUUCGUUUUAGCGGGAUGGGAAGGCAGCGCGAAUGAUGUCCGUAUUUUUGUUGAAACGUUGACUGACCCUACAAAUACUUUCCCCUGGCCACCAGAGGGAAAAUAUUAUGUGGUGGACUCCGACUAUGCCAAUAUCCCGGGAUUCUUGUCACCUUAUCGUGGCGAUAGGUAUCAUCUCCCGGAGUGGAUUCAGUCAAACCAAACCCCUCAAAAUGCGAGAGAGCUAUUUAACCGACGCCAUGCGACGGUCCGGAAUGUGGUCGAACGUAGCUUUGGUAUACUAAAAGGUAAGUUCCCUAUUAUAAAAGGCCUAAUGCCCAACUACCCGCCCGAGUUCCAGACAGACAUAGUAAUCGCCUGUUGUGUUGCACAUAAUUUCAUCCUUGAACACCAAAAGUUUGCUAACGUACCGCCUGCCAUGCAAGACCUGGACUACAUACCAGAACCAGAUGAAGACGAUUUUACAAGGCCUUUGAGGACAACGUUAGAUACCUCUAAUGUUGGUCUACGUGAACAGUCUGGUUUGCGCGAUUCGAUUUCCGAUGCGUUGUGGCGUGAUCACGGUGGCAGACAUCGUUAG